GCCAUUGCCCUUGCACGGAGCGAAGCGGAGCGCAGCGACCGGGACCGACGCCGCAGUCGCAGCCGCAGCCGCAGCCGCCAUGGGCCAGUGCGGCAUCACCUCCUCCAAAACCGUACUGGUCUUCCUCAACCUCAUCUUCUGGGCUGCAGCAGGCAUCCUGUGCUACGUGGGAGCCUACGUCUUCAUCACUUAUGAUGACUACGACCAUUUCUUUGAAGACGUGUACACACUCAUCCCUGCAGUGGUGAUCAUAGCUGUGGGAACCCUUCUUUUCAUCAUUGGGCUAAUCGGAUGCUGCGCAACCAUUCGAGAAAGCCGCUGUGGACUCGCCACAUUUGUGAUCAUCCUGCUGUUGGUUUUUAUUACAGAAGUUGUUGUAGUGGUUUUGGGAUAUGUUUACAGAGCAAAGGUGGAAAGUGAGGUGGAUCGUCGCAUCCAGAAGGUGUACAAGACCUAUAAUGGAACCUCUCCGGAUGCUGCCAGUCGGGCCAUUGACUACGUACAAAGACAGCUUCACUGUUGUGGGAUUCGCAAUUACUCAGACUGGGAGAAUACAGACUGGUUCAAAGAAACAAAAAAUCAGAGCGUCCCUCUCAGCUGCUGCAAGACAUCUGCCAGCACCUGCAACGGCAGCCUGGCCCACCCUGCAGACCUUUACUCGGAGGGUUGUGAAGCCUUAGUUGUGAAGAAGCUCCAGGAUAUCAUGAUGUAUGUUAUUUGGGCCGCGUUGACUUUCGCUGCUAUUCAGCUCCUGGGCAUGCUGUGUGCCUGCAUCGUGUUGUGCCGGAGGAGUCGAGAUCCGGCCUACGAGCUUCUCAUCACGGGAGGCACCUACGCCUAGACGAGCUCUUCAGUCGUGUUUGCCUGCCCGCGAGGCGGAUCGAGCGCGGCUCCUGCAGGCACUUUCCUGUCUCUGUAGACUUAGCUAAUGCUCACCUUGCACAAGAGAAACAGCUCCAAUGGACACUGGUGACGGGCCCAGAAUCGAGGCUGCCCACGACCCCGCCAGCCCCCGAAACCGUCCCCUGCGAAGCUCCGUGUGUUUUUUUAACGAGGUUAGGAAACGUUCUGACGGCAGAAUCGUCUGCCGGCUGGGAAGUUUGCUCGGCUCUCAAGCGCCUCCGGACAGGCCGCCAUCUUCGAGGGCUUCGCUCGGUGGGCUCGUGCCGAGGAGGACAAGCUAGCCGCCUGCCCGAGGGGACCAGAGGGUCGCCCUUCACCAGUGUCCACUUUUAAACCUGUAUAUUGUAGUCCAGUCUGGUUGGAAUUGUACAAAAUGACUCAAACUAGAAUCCUCCGGCAUCUAUCUUAGUUCUCCAUUUGAAGGCAUCUUCCAAACGUUAGUGUUUUUAAACAAAAUCUGGCUUUUCAGGAGUCUAAUGUAUGCACUACUGUUCUAUAAUGCUACGUGCGUGUGGUUUUUUAUGAGUGUAGCUCUUAAAUUUGGAAAUAAUGUACCCGUGUAGACUAGCAAGACACUACGUAAAAGUGAUCUCCGUUGUAAAUAGUCAAUCCCAUUAAAUAAAGGCUGUGUAUCCUCCCUCCA